AUGUUCAUCCCACAAAGUCGAAUACUUACCCUACGGCAAGUUCACCGCUCAUCCCGUCUUCUCCACCAGCGGCCAUAUGCCACUCAAACGAAUACACAGCGCUUAGUAGACAAGCUGAGCGAGCACCAUAAUGACAGCUUUUUACAAGGUAGCGCUUCAACCUACAUUGACACCAUGUACACAUCCUGGAAAGCCGACCCCACCUCUGUACAUGUUUCGUGGCAGGCAUAUUUCCACAAUGUUGGGAACGGACACGUCCCAGUUGAGCAGGCAUUCAUUCCUGCACCAGACCUAAAUGCUACAAAUGCGCAAUCAGAGACAGUGAAGCAGCUCAAAGCCAUACAGUUGAUACAGGCAUACCAGCGCUGGGGCCACGAACACGCCAAUAUCGACCCGUUAGGCAUGCUCAACGAGGGCAGAGCCAGAAAGAAGGAGUUAUCCAUGGCGCAUUAUGGUCUUGGACCUGAAGAUCUCGAUAUGGUUAUCCCCGUUGCGCUGGGACCGCAGGACUUCACAGCGACGAAGAGCAUGAUCCUUUGGGAGAUUAAUUCGGCUUGCGAGGAGACAUACUGUGGAAGCAUGGGUGUCGAGUACAUGCACAUUUCCGACCAGGAGCAAGUAGACUGGAUCCGCAGGAUGUUUGAGGGGCCAGAGCGCUAUGUCUUCUCGAAUGAUGAAAGGCGACGUAUUCUGGAUGGCUUAGUACGCGCCACGGCUUGGGAGAAGUUCCUGGCUACGAAGUUUCCGAAUGAGAAGCGAUUUGGGCUUGAUGGGGUGGAAAGUUAUAUUCCUGCGUUUGAGGCUGCUGUGGAUCGAUCGGCCGAGAAUGGUGUUGAGCAUAUUGAGAUGGGGGUGGGCCACCGCGGGCGCAUGAAUGCGCUGUAUAAUAUUGUUGGAAAGGAUGGGGCUUCGAUGUUGCGGGAUUUCGAGUCUAAGGAGACUUCAGCUUGGGGAAUACCGGGUGAUGUGAAAUAUCAUUAUGGGGGAAGUGGUGAGAGAGUUACCCCGUCGAAGAGGAAGGUGUAUAUGAACAUGGCGCCGCAGCCGUCUCAUGUCGAGUCAGUGAACCCCGUUGUUAUGGGGAAGACGAGGGCGAUUCAAGAUCGGAGGAAUGACGACCGCGAGAAGACCAUGAUGCUGAAUGUUCAUACUGAUGCGGCCUUCGCUGGUCAGGGAACGGUGUAUGAGACGCUGGGACUGGCUGGGUUGAAUGGCUAUGAGAUUGGUGGGACGUUGAGAUUCAUUGUGAACAAUCAGGUUGGUUUUACUACUGAUGCCUGGCAGGCGAGAUCGUCGCCAUGUUGCACGGACGUGGCGAAGAUCUUGGAUGCACCGGUUAUUCAUGUUAAUGGUGACGACGUUGAGGCAGUAGUUCUAGCUGGCAUUUUCGCAGCAGAUUUCCGCGCAACAUUCAAGAAAGAUUGCAUUGUCGACAUCGUUUGCUAUCGGCGCAAUGGACAUAACGAGAUGGACCAGGCCUCAUUCACCCAGCCAACAAUGUAUGAGCGCAUUGCCAAGAAACGGAACAUCCUCGAUGAGUAUGAGGCUAGAAUGAUCUCAAAGGGUAUCAUCAAGAAAGAAGAAAUCGCCAGUAUGAAGGACAAAGCUUGGGCAGAGCUUAUGGAAUGCUUCGAGAAGCGUAAGGAACAGAAGCCAGACACGAAUGAGUGGCUGAUCGAUUCGUGGAAAGGAAUGAAAAUGCCAACAGAGUCAAACGCGGAAACACUAUCACAGAAGGUGACAGCAGUCGACCGAGAAUCCAUCAAUGCCGUGUCUAAGAAGCUUGGAGCGGAGGUUCCGGAAGGCUUCGAGCUACACAAAAUCCUGGAGCGCAUUCUUUCUCGCCGACAGCAAACAGUGACGACCGGCAAGGAUAUUGACUGGGCUACAGCCGAAGCUCUGGCGUUCGGGACACUUCUCCGUGAGGGCACAAGCGUCCGAGUAGCCGGACAGGAUGUCGAACGAGGCACCUUUUCCCAGCGCCAUGCUACUGCAGCAAUGGGUUUUGAGUUCGGCUACUCAUUGGCAGACCCAGAUACUCUCGUGAUGUGGGAAGCCCAAUUCGGUGACUUUGCUAACAACGCUCAAGUUAUCAUCGAUAACUAUGUCGCAUCUUCCGAGAAGAAGUGGCUCCAGCGCUCUGGUGUGGUUCUUUCACUACCCCAUGGAUACGAUGGCCAGGGACCGGAACAUACAUCAGCCCGCUUGGAGCGAUUCUUGCAACUGGGUGACGAAGAUUCUAGGAAAUUCCCGUCAACGGAGCAGCUCCAGCGCCAGCAUCAGGAUGCUAACAUACAGGUUGUGUGCAUGACAAGUCCGGCAAACUACUUCCACGUUUUGCGUCGGCAAAUUCACCGAGACUUCAGAAAGCCUCUCAUCAUACUUUUUUCCAAGUCACUACUCCGUCACCCCCUUGCACGUUCGGAUAUUGAAGAGUUCAUCGAGACUACCUACUUCCAACCGUUGCUUCCCGAAACUCAACACGGCAUUACCAUCAAUAAGCCGGAGGAUAUUAAGCGCGUAAUCUUUUGCUCUGGCCAAGUGUAUGCGACGCUCUACAAGUAUCGCGAAACUCACGGCCUCAAAGACACGGCUAUCACGCGGAUCGAAGAACUUCAUCCAUUUCCAUGGGAGCAAGUUAGACAAAACCUGGAUAACUACCCCAACGCAACGGAUGUUGUUUGGUGUCAGGAAGAAAUACUGAAUGGGGGUGCAUGGAGUUAUGUAAUGCCGAGAUUUGAGGUUAUAUUGGCUAAGACAGAGAACCAUACGGAUAAGAAGAUACGAUAUGCAGGUAGGGAGCCGAUGUCGAGUGUUGCAGUGGGGUAUAAGGUGCUUCACGCUGUUGAGGAAGAGAAGCUGCUAGGGGAUGCUUUUCAGAUGUCUCCCGAUGAGUAA